CUUCUCUAAAUCAGCAGAACGACUAGAGUUGAGCAAUUACAGGAAGCAAUGCAAGGAAAGGGCUGUAGACUUACAAGCACCAGCCCGCCCCUCCACUGUUAUCGCUUAUCACCAUUCCUUGCCAAGACUGGAAUUAGCGCCUGAGGCUCGCAAAAACCUAGCUCCAGUUCUCCACAAGAGCUCUUGUUCAGUAGCCUUCCAUGACAGUAUCUUGAACCGCACAGCGUCACCGUGCCUGUUGAGGCCACUCUCCAUUCAAUCUUUCCAGGUUCUGCCACUUUCUACUCGAGCAAUUGCCUGUUCAAAAUCAACACAUAUCACUCUUUGAACGGCCACAACACGAGCCACCCAGUAGAUUACAACAACGUCACUUACAUCUUAUCCCCAAGAUGCUCGUCACAUCAGCAACGAGCAUGCUUCGCGCAGGCGCAGGCCGCUCUGCCAGCGGUCUCCAGCCCAUGCUCCUCCGCACCACCACCGCCUGCCCUUACUCCGCCGGCCUCAACAUGAUCUCGCCCUUCUCCUCCAUGUCACAACAACCCCUCGCCAAGUUCCGUACUUCACCACCAACUACCCGCCGCACCCUCUCCACCACCCCUUCCCGCCUCAGCACCGACGCCGAAGUCGACGCAGCCGCCGCGGCAAAGGCCUCCAAGGCUCAAAUCGCUGCUCAUCCCGAGACGCCUGCUCUCAACUGGGAGACUUUCUUCAAGCUUCGCAAGUCGAGGAGGAGAUGGCAGCAAGGCUUUAGUGUGCUGGGCAUGCUGGGGUUUGGUCUCGCGGGGUCGAUGGCGCUGGGAUCCGGCGCGGCGGAUAGUCUUGUGGGCAAUAUCCCGCUUGAUCCGCUCAUGACGAUGGGGUUGAUGACUAUGGGUUUCGCCGCACUGGGUUGGUUGGUGGGGCCGAGUGUUGGAACGGUGGUAUUUAAUGCGAUGAACAGCAAGUGGAAGGCGCCGAUGGCGCUGAAGGAGAGCCAGUUCUUUGCGAGGAUCAAGAAGAAUCGGGUUGAUCCUACGGCGAGUUCGGCGAGGAAUCCUGUCCCCGAUUUCUAUGGUGAGAAGAUCUCCAGUGUUGCCGGUUACAGGCAGUGGUUGAGAGAUCAGAGAGCGUUCAACAAGAAGAAGAUUGGCGUAUAAAGGAAACUUGAGUAAGACGGUAUGGCAUGUGGCAAAGUAUAGUGUGUAUCGAGUUCACAACAGGAGGAAUUCUUACUUUCAUGAGAGCGAACAAUUAUGGACUCAGCCAUCGGUCUGCCUCUGCUCUCAUUCUCAUUGUUUAG